GUGCCCAGGAGAAAGGGGAUAAUGAAGGUUCCCUGCUGAUGAUCCCAAAGAUUGAACCUGCAGACCAAGCGCAAAGUAGAAACUGAAAGUACGCUGCCGGCGGGUCCUACGGAAGUUAUGGAAAAGGCAAAGCGCGGAGCCAGGCCGUGGUGUGUGACGCCCCCACUGGGAUGGAUGAAACAGCAGGCGCGGCGUGGGUAAGAGGAACCAGCUGCAGAGAUCACCCUGCCCAGCACAAACUCACAGGCUCGGCAACUCCGCGGAAGACCAGGGUUCUGGGAGUGACUAUGGGCGGUGAGAGCUUGCUCCCGCUCCAGUUGCGGUCAUCAUGACUACGCCUGCCUCCCGCAGACCAUGUUCCAUGUUUCUUUUAGGUAUAUCUUUGGACUUCCUCCCCUGAUCCUUGCUCUGUUGCCAGUAGCAUCAUCUGAUUGUGAUAUUGAAGGUAAAGAUGGCAAACAAUAUGAGAGUGUUCUAAUGAUCAGCAUCGAUGAAUUAUUGGACAGCAUGAAAGAAAUUGGUAGCAAUUGCCUGAAUAAUGAAUUUAACUUUUUUAAAAGACAUUUAUGUGAUGAUAAUAAGGAAGGUAUGUUUUUAUUCCGUGCUGCUCGCAAGUUGAGGCAAUUUCUUAAAAUGAAUAGCACUGGUGAUUUCGAUCUCCACUUAUUAAAAGUUUCACAAGGCACAACAGUACUGUUGAACUGCACCAGCAAGGUUAAAGAAAGAAAACCACCUGCCCUGGGUGAAGCCCAACCAACAAAGAGUUUGGAAGAAAAUAAAUCUUUAAAGGAACAGAAAAAACUGAAUGAAUCAUGUUUCCUAAAGAGACUACUACAAGAGAUAAAAACUUGUUGGAAUAAGAUUUUGAGUGGCACUAAAGAACAUUGAAAAAUAUGGAGUGACAAUAUAGAAACAUGAACUUUGGUUGCAUCCUCCAAGAAUCUAUCUGCUCGUGCAGUUUUUCAGAGUGGAAUGCCUCCCAGAAGUUACUGAAUGUAUCCUGGUCAAAAUGGAUUAGAUCAAUUGAGAAAUACAUCUUGUCUUACUAGAAGAUGGAUACAAACAAUGGAAACUGAAUGCUGCAGUCAACAAACUAUUUCAUAUGUAUGUGAACAUACAUCAAUCAGUAUAAUUCUGUACUGAUUUUUGUAAGACAAUCCAUGUAAGGUAUCAGUUGUGAUAAUACUUUUCAAACCUGUUUAAAUAUUUCAAGAGAAGACAUUAAAUCCAUGAAGUAUUAAAGGUUUCAAAGA